AUGAGUUGGGUCUUGGCUUUUUUAGGGUUUAUGUUCUUGGGUGGGCUUUCCAACGCCAAUGGUGCUGUUCAUCAUUAUGAUUUUGUUCUGAAAGAAACAAAUUUUACAAGGCUUUGCAGCACAAAGAGCAUCUUAACUGUGAAUGGCAGUUUGCCGGGGCCGACGAUCACUGUUCGGAAAGGAGACACUGCUUUUGUCAAUGUCCACAACCAGGGAUUAUAUGGUCUCACAAUUCAUUGGUAA